AUGCUUUAUUCGCAGUAUUUAACAUUACUUAUUAUCUCUUGUUUAGGAUUUAGUAGUACUGCUACUCAACGUAGUUUAAAAGCCAAAGGAAGUAUUAGGAUUCAUGGAAUAUGCCCCUCAAAUAUAACUGAAAAAAUUUCUACCAGUGGAUAUGUUACAGUAACUUUUUUUGAGUCAUAUGUGGAUGAGGUUGACCUAAGGACUAAACAACUGUCAAAAAGUGAACAAAAUGUUAUUGUGGAAAAAUUAAAUGCAGGAGUAACAAGCCAAAGAAUAAUCCAAAAUGCU